AAAGGCAACUGCGGCAAUCCGUCUUACUCUUUCGGGUUAAAGAGCGAGAGCAAUUGAAUCUGUUUGAAGUCCCCAAUUCAUUUUGUAAAAUAAGAACAACAAAUGUUAAUAGCGUGAUUCUUAGAUGUAACACAUGUGUACACUUUAGUUUUUUGUAGAUGGCAAAGUGACAGGCGGUGUUCUUUUUAGAGAAGUGUGAGGUGUAUAGGGUGUGAACUAUGGAGUACGACUACGGUCACAUCUUGAGGUUUCGGCUGUGGCUGUGCCUAUGCUUAUACAGCUGUUCUGUACAUAUUUGCAGCCUGUCUGAAGUUGGGCAUGCAGGAGGUACUAGACCUGAUCUGGAAAUCAAUAGACUAACGAUGUUCGAUUUGCUCCAGGAUGGAAAACGUACUAAUAAUUUGGUGCAGAAUCAAUACCUUCGGCGCUCAUUUAGAUUUAAAAGAAACCAAAACGACAAUUCAUCGAAAAAAUGGCGAACAUCUGUUUCAGGCCUCAGUAAUUUAGAUUAUAUACAAAACGUACUAAACCGGAGAAAUGCCUUGCCUAUGUCGGCUUACAUAGGGUUCAGCUGAUUACAACAGCGACUUCGACAACAACAGUUGAUGCGUCAGGCCGGUCGUUAGAGAGCUGUGUAAAGUUUGUCCAACAGCAAUGUUCGUGGUAACAGUGCUUACUCGGGGUAAUCUAAUUCCCAAACGACAUAGGACUUGGCGAUAUUACAAAACUAUGUAGCAGAAAUUUAUCUUAUUUACAUUUGUACAAAAGAAUAAAUGUCCUUUUGAAAAUGAACUGAUAUUUGUAAUAUUAAACACUCCUAUGCCAUUGUGAUAUCAAUGUUUUGAAAAAAAUAAAGUAUAUAAAUAAA